UGUCUUGUACGACCGUAUUGUAUACAGCAUACGUUUCUUACUCGUUUAGUCGCCGUUUUGAUUGCUAUCCGUUUAGACACGUUCCGAAUUCCGUAGUUAAAAAUGUCAAAUAAAAGAAGACGCUGUUUCACUAUUGCUGAAAAAGUGAAAAUAAUUGAACGUGUUUAGAAUGUGGUGUUUCUAAUAAAGAUCUUUGCCAAGAGCUAGGAAUUAGUCAAUCAACACUAUCUACCAUAUGGAAAUCAAAAGACCAAAUAAAAAGCGUUUUUUUGCUUGGACACGUUUGGCCUAAUUUGCGUAAAAAUUAUGCAGAUUGUGACAUUUUUAACGCUGAUGAAACUGGAUUGUUUUAUCGUCUAACACCGUCUCAAACAUUACGUUUUAAAGGGGAAACAUGCAGUGGUGGUAAUUCAUAAUUUUAUCUAAAGAGCGACUCACAAUUCUUGUAGCCUCUAAUAUGACUGGUUCUUACAAACAAAAAUUGUUAGUAAUUGGAAAAUCUAAGACUCCAAGAUGUUUUAAAAAUGUCAAAAACUUGACAGUCGACUACAAAAGCAAUAAAAAAGCAUGGAUGACCGGUGACAUAUUUUCCGACUGGUUAAAAGAAUGGGAUAAACAACUAGCAAAAGAAAAACGACAUAUCCUAUUGACUGUAGAUAAUUAUCUGGCUCAUCCUCCUGUUGAAACUGAAUUUAUAAAGUUGGUUUUUCUCCCUCCAAACACGACCUCUCUGUUACAACCUAUGGAUCAAGGUAGGUAUUAUUAAAGCAUUAAAAGUGAAAUUUCGGAAAAAACUAGUACUCAAAAUUACUUUUGUUAAAAAAUCUCAU